AUGUCCGUUGAGCAAGAGCUUGAAUCUGACUCCACACCCGCCGCUCAUGUCCAACAGCGAUCAAACGCCUUAUGCUUCCCCACCUGCUUCGCCUCACGCCGCCGUUCCAUUUGGUGGGAGCGCGUCCGCUCCGCCUCCUUUUCUCAAUCCCAUCCCACCACUACCACCACCACCGGUGACCGAUGGUGGUCGCGCGGUCUCAAGGCCUUAAAGAAACUCCGAGACUGGUCGGAGAUUGUCGCUGGUCCAAGAUGGAAAACGUUUCUCCGGAAAUUCAACCAACACCGAUCCUCCAGACGCAUGGCUAAGUACCAAUACGAUCCAUUGAGUUACGCCUUGAACUUCGAUGAAGGACAGAACGAGGAUAGCCGCCACGACGGAUUUCGAAAUUUCUCCACGCGGUACGCCGCCGUUAACGUUAAGUCAGUUGCGCCGGAGCCGGGUUGUGAAAUUGACGGUUUGGUGUGAGUGAUUGCGCCGCGUGAGCUAUUGUGCGCUAGAGUGUAGUGUACACAUUGUGAGCUGGAGAGUGAGUGGUAGGGUAUGGUUGGUGAGAGUGAAAAGAGCAUUACACGGUGGAUACCAUUCAUUCGUGUCGCUUUCUGUUUAUUUUACCCUUUUUUUUUUAUUAUUGACCAUUCUAUACUAUGGGAAAAUACUUUGUUUUUUUUACUUCUUUUUUAUAUUUGUACAUAUGUCGGUAACAAAACUUAAAUGGUUAUAUUGCUAUUACUAUC